UAAUGGUACCUGAGCUCCAAACACAGGCCCAAGGAAACAGUCAGGCAAUUCCGUCUUUCAAUGGGUUGACUCCUGCUUACCAUUGUCAUCCUCAGCAGCAGCAGCAAAGGCCUCCACAGCAGCCCCAUGCACCGAGUAAACCUCAUCAUGCUACUGGGUCACAGCAGCAAGCGUAUGCCAUGCUCUUAGCUAAAGAAAGGCAUAUGCAGCCGGAGCAGUUUCAUAUGCAUCAGCAACAGCAACAGUUUACUGCCUCUAGCAAUUUCAUGCCACAUGUUCAACCUCAGACCCAAUUUCCUAUCUUUUCUCUUAAGAAUAGUUCCCAGAUUCAAUCCCAAGCUUCAAAUCAACCAGUAUCACUCUCCAUGACGACAUCUUCACCAAGUACUCCUAUCUCAAUGCAAAACCAACAGAAACACAACUUGUCCUCUCAUGGGAUUGGUAGGAAGCCCCAACUUGGUGCUAGUGUGUUGAACAAUCAGAUAGGAAAGCAACGGCAGCAGCAGCAGUUUCAACAGUCUAGCAGGCACCACCCUCAGCAAAGUCAACAAAUGCAGUCUCAACAGCAAGCUAAACCUUUGAAGGGAGUGGGAAGAGGGCUGAUGCAUCAGAACCUUUCUGCUGAUCUUGCUCAUCUGGAUGGUGUUGGCAUGACCCCUAGCAACCAAUGUGCCAAGAAAGGAGAGCAUAUAAUGCAAUUAAUGCAAGGUCACAGCUUGUCUUCUGUGCCAGGUGUGAGCCCUGUCCAACCAUCUAAACCUCUUGCUUCUUCUCAACCUUUGAAGAAUUCCCAACCGCAGCAAAAGCUAAUGUCUGGGGCAGCAGCACCUUCUACAAAGCAACUCCAGCAGAUGGCUUCCCAGUCCGAUAAUAGUUCUAAAGGCCAGGUGUCGCCAGUGCCUUCUGGUCAUGCACUAUCAGCUGUGCAUCAAUCCGUGCCACCAGCAGCUAUGGGUUCACACCAACAGCAUUUACAGCUACAAUCACAGAUGAACCAAAAUCAGGCUAAUCAAAACCAAUAAAGUGUUCAAAAGACGCUUCAACAGAUACGACAAGUGAAUUCUGAUUCUUCAAGAAAAUCUCAAGCUGAGCCAAUUCAAGCUGGGCAACGGCCCAGAAAUAAUGCUUCACAGAUGGUUGCAACCACAACCAUGGCAAUGGAUCAGGCUGGCACUGAUUUAGUUAAUAACAUGGUACCUGUUGUUUCUCCUUCUGUUCGUUCUCAGUGGAAAUCACUGGAAUCAGUGUAUGAUCCUGGUACACCAAAUGUAGCCACUGAAGUGGGAUCUAUAGGCGGCAGUCCUCUUACAACUUCACCUUGUAGCGAUCCAGGACCUUCUGUCAGCCAAGGGCUAGGACAGAGACAAUUAUCAGGCGGCUUACCCCCUCGUGGAAGUAAGGCUGGAGUACAGUGGUCGCAAAAGCCACAGAUACAACAAUCUCCCAUACAGCCAACAAUUCAACAACACCACCAGCCACAAGAACAAUUACAACAAGAUCAGCAUAAUUCUCCCACACAACGGUUGCCUUUGAAGCAGCAGUCACAAGCACAAUGCACAACAUCAAACUCUGAAUCUGCAAUCAGUACAGGGCAACUUGUAUCACAGGCCUUCUAAUUCUAAGCUGGAGUGAAGUAAUAUAGUUGAUGGAGCAGUGAUGACAGUUAUUGGUCCUGCUAGGGUUGGGUUUGCAUGCUCUUGUAACAACAGUGUACAGGUAAUGACAAUAUACAAAUUUAGGCAGGUCUGAUAGUGUUACUAUAUUUUAGGUUUCCAUGAUAGGCAAAACUAAAACAUGCAGAAUUAUCAUACUGUUGUGAUAUAUCAAUGAUGAUAAAUGAUCCUCUCAUUGUUGUUAAGAGAGUUGUAAAGCUUUUCUCAAUCUCCCUCCCAAUGCACCCUUCACUUGAUUUGAGGCCUCAAAAUUUUGUGGAUGGCUACUUUCUACAGCUAACUAGCUGUGGGUGCUUGGCCAUGUAACUAUUUGAAUCUUGUAAAUCUGCCACUUUUCCACUUUCUUUUUGUUUAU